AAGAGAUUAACCGUCCAUUUUUUUUAAUCUGAUACUCAAAUUGAUCCUUCAGGCAACCAUGACAGAACCGGAAGCAAGGCCAGACGUUGCUAGUACAGGAGAUGUUGGUACACCGGGAUGGUUACCAAGAGUGGAUAUGCUCUUUGACAGUGAAAACGAUGCAUAUGAAUUCUACAACACAUAUGCUGAAAACUUAGGCUUCUUCAUCAGAAGAUCGACACUAUGGACGACCUCCAAGAACAUCGUCACACGAAGGACAUUUGUGUGCUCUAGAGAAGGCUUCCGUGAGAAAAAGAAAGGAGCAAGAGAGGUGAAGUCCCCACGGCCCGAAACAAGAAUUGGUUGCCAAGCUUGCAUGACCAUCAGACUCACUCCCAAUGGUAGGUAUCGGGUUACGGAGUUUGAACCCAAUCACAACCAUCAGCUUGCAACGGUAUCAACAAUCAACAUGCUAAGGGCAAAAAAGAUGAGACGAAAGGCUCGGGCUGUUAGAGCUGAUUUGGUGGAUGAUUCAGUGAGAACUCCGGAGUUUGAAACUGAAGACGAGGCCUAUGAGUUCUAUAGCAUGUAUGCUGGAAGAAUAGGGUUUACUGUCCGGAGAGCAAGCAUGACUCUGAGUGCAGAAAGUGUUAUCACUAGAAGGAUGUUUGUAUGCUCACGGGAGGGUUUUCGAGAGAAUAAAAAGGGGUCAAAGAGGGUAAAAAAGCCUCGUCCCGAGACUAGAACAGGUUGCCCUGCUUGUAUGAUCAUCAGGGUUAUGCCUAAUGGAAAGUACCAUGUAUCAGAGUUUGUAACUCGUCAUAACCAUCAGCUAGCUACCCCUUCAUCAGCUGACUUGAUAAUGUCACAUAGUGCAGAAACUAGUGCACUAGAUGAUGAGCUAGGUCAAGUCGAUUUGCUCUCUGAUGAAAAAGAUCGAGAUAAUCAGGAUGUCAAUUUACUCUCUGAUGAAAAUAAGCUUUAUCCUCGACCUUUGAAAACUAUGAGGAGCGGAGACGUAGGGGCCAUAAUGCAGUAUCUGCAGAAGGCGCAGGAGGAGAAUCCUUCAUUCUUUUAUGGUAUGCAGGUUGAUGACAAUGAUACUAUGAUUAGCUUCUUUUGGGCAGAUUCGAAAUCUAUGAUGGACUUCACCUAUUUUGGUGAUGCAGUUUGUUUGGACACUACCUAUAGAUUGUAUGGCUAUGGCAGGCCUCUUGUGCUAUUCAUUGGUGUCAAUCACCACAAGCAGGCUGUAGUUUUUGGUUCAGCAUUUCUGUAUGAUGAAAGUGUAAACUCUCUUAAGUGGUUGUUUGAGACUUUCAAGGUGGCAAUGGGUGGGAAACAACCAAAGACAAUAUUGACUGAUCGGUCUCCUGUAAUCAAGGAGGCAGUAGCUGCGGUUUGGCCAGGUACAAAUCAUCGGUAUUGUGUGUGGCAUAUUUACCAAAAUGCCAUUGAGCAACUGAGUCAAGCAUUUCAUGGCUCAAAAACUUUGUCAUAUGACUUCAGCAGAUGCCUGUUUGAUUAUGAGGAUGAGGAGGAGUUCAUCUUGGCAUGGAAUGCAAUGCUAGAGAAAUAUGACCUCAAAGACAACCAGUGGUUAGCUAUGCUCUUUGAGGACAGGGAGAAAUGGGCUUUAGUGCAUGGAAGGCAUGCAUUUUAUGCCGAUUUGAAAAGCGUUCAACAAAAGGAUACCUUGAAUAGUGAAUUAAAAAAACAUUUAAGUCUAGAAACUGACCUCUUAUGUUUUUUUGAGCAUUAUGAAAGGAUACUGGGUGAAAGACGAUAUGCUGAAGUUCAAGCUGAUGUUCAUGCCAAUCACAAUGCACGGAAAUUGCCUUCUAUGCGUAUUUUGAAACAAGCUGCUAGUGCCUAUACUCCUGCUGCGUUUAAAAUGUUCGAGAGGGAAUUCGAGCUAUACAUGGAUUGUAUGCUAUACAGUUGUGGUGAAGUUGGAACAAUAUCAGAAUACAAGGUCACAAUUGAGGAGAGAAUUAAAGAUCACUUCGUGAAAUUUGACUCCCUUGAUCUAACCGCCACGUGCACAUGCAAAAUGUUUGACUUUAUAGGAAUUCAAUGUCGUCAUGUGUUGAAAGUGCUGGAUGCCAGAAAUAUAAAAGAUCUUCCUCCGCACUACAUUUUGAAGAGAUGGAGAAAGGAUGCAAAGACUGGAGGAAUUAGUAGCAACUGCUGUAUACCAAUUGGUGAUGAUCCUCAGUCAUCUCUUUCAAAACGUUAUGGCAACCUCUGUCGAAUCUUUAGUAUUGCUGCAGCUAGGGCUGCGAAAACUAUGGAUUCAUGUACAUUCGUUGAGAAUCAGUCAGAUUUGCUCAUUGAUCAGGUAGAGCAAGUAUUGAGAACAAGAGCUCUGGAGCUACCUCCUCUUAUUACUUCCUCAUCUGAUCGACCCCAAAAUCCAAUUGAUAAUGUCAUUGCUGGAAAUUUCCGCUAUGAUAAGAUGAACCAAACAAGCUUUGUGGCUCAUUCUAAUGGAUUACUUAGCUCGCAACAUUCACAUCCAACCAUAUGUUGGGGACAGUUUCCUGCUAGGCUGCCAGAGCAGUAACUGAGGAUACGAAACGUUACCCAAGUCUGAUGGGGGAUAUUGCAUAGCGUAAGCUGUAAUAAUUUCUUCUGAUUAUAUUCUAUCUCAUGUUGUAGAUAUCAAUUCUAGAUGUUAAAGCGUUUUCAUUGUCAUUAACUUUGCUUCAAUCUCACGGUGGGCAUGAGAAAUUAUCUAAAGAUCGGUUGCGUAUAUUCUA